AUGAUGUUAUCACUGCGCAGGUUCUCCAUGUACGUUUUGAGAUCUCUGCGGCUUCACUUUAAAAAGAUAAUCAUUACUCUUCUAACUAUCCAGUUACUAUUCAUUACCAUAUUUGUAUUGGGCGGUCGCUCGUCGAUUAUUGACGGUAACUGGAAGUCAUUCAUGGCGCUCUUUUUCAAACCGCUUGCUUACACUAACAGAAACAACAACCAUGCUUCUUUCGAUCUGAGAUCAAAAGACAACGUAGCCAAACUUUACGAAAAAAUGAAUUUUGAUACUUCAGGCAAAUGGAUCGACACGUACACCUUGAAGAAUAAUCUUCUCACUGUGAAAAUGGGUCCUGAAAAAGGGCAAGUUCUUGAUUCGGUAGAUGAAUUGAGAUAUUACGAUAACGACCCAAGGCUGGUAUGGUCAGUUUUACUAGAUCACUUAUUAGAAUCAGAUUCCAAUGAAUACGCAUUUUCGUGGUACGAUUGGGCUAAUUUUGACUCUACAAACAAACUCAUUGCACUGAGACACACGAACAUAUCUUGCCAGUUCGUUUGCGAGGGUGCCUUUGAUAAAAAUGUGCUAGAAAUGGUAGAGAGUGAAGUCCAAGAGCCUUUAUUCGUCACAAAUAGGAAUAAAUAUGACGAAUCGCUCUGGUACAACAGGGUAAGAAAGGUUGUCGAUUCUAAUUCUGUGCAGCAAGCCAUACAUGAUCACUGCAUGAAUAAUGACGCGUAUUCCAAUGGUACUCCCUUCGAAUUGCCUUUUAUCAUAAGCGAAAUUUCUGAAAGGUUGAGGCCAGAAGUGUAUGACUUACAAGCCAAAAACCACUUGUUAUAUUCUAACUUUACUCCACUGUCAUUAACCGUACUGGACAGCGAUAAAGAUGCAUACAGAAUCAAUUUGAAGACAACAGACUCUUCCAAAUCAAAUAUAGUACAGACAAAUCUACUACAGAAUUACAUUAAGAGGCACAGAAAUGAAAUGGUAAAUGGCGACCUCAUUUUCAACCACACUUCCAUGUUUGAAAAAUUUUUACAUCAUGGAUCCACUAAAAAAAGGAAACUUGACGUUGAAGCGUUGGAUAAAACAAUAUACGCUGGAGAGUAUCUAGAACUAUCACCAUCUGAUUUCCAAUUCAAUGCAAAAGAGAGGAUCAUUGAAUUAGAGACCAGGCUCAGGUCUGAAGGCCUACCAUCUCAUGAUACCCACUAUUUACGAAGUUUAAAGACGUCCGUAAAUACGUCCCCUGCAUUACAGCAAAAGUAUUUCGCAGAGGCCUCUGAUAUUACGGACGCGACUGCCGAUGGUCAUCAUAGAGACAGGCGAUUUUUCUCAAUCGGACAUAAUCUCCUAAAUGACCCUCAGGAGUUUGAAGCAAGAUUGAAUUCUUUGAUCAGAAAUUUUCAGAAAUUUGUUAAGGCUAACGGAUUAAUUUCCUGGCUAUCGCAUGGUACAUUGUAUGGAUAUCUAUAUGAUGGUCUGAAGUUUCCCUGGGAUGUCGACCAUGAUUUACAGAUGCCCAUUAAACAUUUACAUUACUUGAGUCAAUAUUUCAACCAAUCCCUAAUAUUAGAAGAUCCAAGAGAAGGUAAUGGAAGAUUCUUACUAGAUGUAGGAAGCGCAAUUACGGUAGGAGUUCAUGGGAACGGCGAAAACAAUAUUGAUGCUCGUUUCAUCGAUAUUGACUCAGGUAUAUACAUUGACAUCACGGGACUUAGCGUUAGUUCCGAUGCGGCUAAACAGUACAUGUCCAAAUUUGUAGAAGAAGAAAGCUCGGGCGAAAGCUUUUCUGCCCUUAUUGAAGACUAUAAGUUUGACGAAAACGACUAUUUUGACGAGGUGGAUGGUAGAGAAGGUUUAGCUAAAUAUACCAUACAUGAAUUAAUGGAAUGGGUUAAUUCUCAUCCAGACGACUUUACGGAUGCAGAAAAGAAUUUAGUCACCAAAACAUACAAGAAAGAGCUUGCAAUUUCGAGAAGCGAUUAUGCUGAAAAAGACUUGUCUCCGAAACAAAGGUAUUUGGUAAAUGAGAAGUAUAACCUUUACAAUUGUAGAAACCAGCAUUUUUCCAGUCUAAACAUCAUAUCACCCUUGAGAAAUACAAUGUUCAGCGGUGUGUCAGCAUUUGUUCCUAAUAGGCCCAUAGCAACAUUGAAUAAUGAGUAUAAAGUUCCGGCAAAAUACGGGCUUUUGUCAUUCCAAGGUAAGGUGUAUUUACCGGAAUUCAGAUACUGGUUCUCGUUUGCAGACAUGAAGAAGUUUGCAAAUUUGCAGCUGAAAGAACCCAAGAUAACACGACUGGAAAGUCCCUUAAAUGAUUUAAAAUUCAGCGACAUAAGCCUACUGAUAACAAACAUUUUAAAAUGUGGGUUUCACUCCGUAUUUGCCAGCUUAUUUAAUUCUUUUGACAGUACUGUUUACAGACUCAAAGAGCUUGAAAUACAGUAUGAUCCUAGCUUGAGUGAGGAAGAAAAAAGUAGUCUAUUAAAAACUCUACGGCGAGGAAUGUCAAAAAAAAUAAAAUCACCAGAAAAAGAUCCGAUCAUAUAUAUAUACGAAAGAAAGUUAUGGGAAAACGUGGAAAAGUUGUUGAAUGCGUCAAACAUCUACAACAUUGCUUCACAAGUUGAGAAGGAAAAAGGUAAAGAGUUUGUUGAACGGUCCCAGCAAGUAUAUGAAAGAAACUUUGACGGCUUCAGACUUCCCGAUGGCGGCAACAGUAAGACUGUAAAUGAUCUGAAUUCUAAGGGCUUAAAUCUCUUUGGUGAUAAUAAGAAAACUUCAAACAAUAUAUUUGGUUCAGACCAAAAAUAUUAA